UACCGCCCAGUAACUUCAAAUUUUUUUUAAUCAAAAGAAGCCAAUUCCAUAUGAGCAAAAUCCCAUAUACGGGAGCUCACUCCCGCGCUUUCAAGAGGUUGAAAAGGAGGGGAAAUGGAGCCGUGGGAAGCAUUGGACAUUGACGAUUCUGACCUCCCCUCUCUCCUCCGUCCUUGCAAGCGUCAAAACCAAUCCCUCAAUCAAACCAAUCACAAUCACACUUCUCACUCUCAAUCAGUUCUCCAACCCUGUUCUCGCUCUCAACCCACUCCCAAAACCCAAUCUCAAACCCUAGGCUCUCAACAUUCUCUCCCCCACUUCGACCUCCCGCCGUCUCCGCCACCCUCCACCUCCCGUCGCAUCAUUCCCGGACCCGCAGGCGCUGUUCAGGCCGCCAUGCUCCGUAAGACCCGUGACAAUCAGAACCGCGGCGGGGAAAAUCCUCCGAUCCCUACCCAGGAAUACAUAAGGAGGGCGGUGGAAGAGGGAAAUGAGGAUGAUGGUGAUUUCAAGUGCAAUCCGUGGCUUUGCGCUCUUGAAUUUCUUCGUCGUGAUGACGGUGUCCUUCCUAUUACACCUCUGAGCUCUAUCAAGAAAUGCCUAGACAUUUCUAGGGUUGAUCAGGUUGUUGCUGUUAUCAAGUCCUGCACAUCAAAUGGUCUUGGUGAUCUUAUAGUAACCCUGAAGGAUCCUACGGGAACAAUUGGGGCCAGCAUUCAUCGCAAAGUUCUUACAGAGGGUGAGUUCGGAAAGGACAUAUCUGUUGGCUCGGUUUUGAUACUACAGAAGGUUGCUGUUUUUGUUCCUUCACGGGCAGCACAUUAUCUCAACAUAACAAAGGGGAACAUGGUCAAGGUAAUCUGUAAGGACACUGGACCUCUUUUGAAACAAAGUCAUCCUGCAUUGGCAGUCAAACAUGGUGUUCCUGGUAAUGAGUGCAGGGGACAAACAGGGAUGCCACAGAAUGCAUUUUCUGUGGAGCUGGAAACAACUGUCAUGGAUGAGGUCAGCCAAUGUACUAAUUUGAGAGGGAGAACACAAAUCGAUAAACAAAUGGAAAAAGAAAAUCUAUUUUCAGAAAGCAGCCGCUGCAAUGGUGGAAGUAAUAGAAACCAUAAUGUAUCUGUUGGGAAGGAGCCCAUGUCAAUGAGACAAGAUGUAGCCAAAAAUAUCAUAGAAAAGACGUCCAGAAAUGAUGUCAAUGCUAAUAACCAAGUGACUUUGAAUGACUUUGGCAAACAGCUGAAAGGAGAUGACACAUCGAGCAGCAUUCAACCCAACAGUGUGGUAGUAAACUUGGUUGAGAACCAUAAUGAUCUAGAUAGUCAGAGAAUAAUUGGAGUUCAGAAGGAAAGACAACCACCAAUGCCGAAAGCCGAGCUCCCACUGUGGACAGAUGAGCAGUUACAUGAACUUUUUGCCACUGAUUUUGAAGAUGAUGGCUCUCUAUUCUGAUAUGGCAUUUAGUUGAUUGUUUUCUUUAUAUGGUAAAAAUGAUCCAUGGCAAAAAAUUAUACAGUGGAGUUCUGUUUUGACGUGUUAGCUUGUAUAGACAGGUUGUUAUGCUUGGCAAAACUGAAAUAUACAGGUCUCUAGUGUACAAGAGAGAUCAAUGAACUUAAAGAAAAUGGUUGAUUUUUGGUGAGUUCUUAAAUGCUUUAACAAAAUGACUUUUUAUGAUGGGUAGAAUGCAUCAAUCAAUGUUCAGGAAUUUGG